AUGGUCUUUGGAACUAUAUACACGUUUCCUGGCGAUCAGUGCCGAACGAUAGCCAUCAAGGCUGUCGCCAAGCAUAAUGGCCUCGAUCUUGAAGUUCGCGAAAUGCCCCGGACUCCUGAGCAUUUGAGUGUUAGCAAGCUUGGCAAGGUCCCCGCAUUCGAAGGUGCAGAUGGUUUCAAGCUCUUUGAAAGCAUGGCAAUCGCUCUUUACUUCACCUCGCAAAACGAGCAGACAACCCUACUCGGAAAGGACAAGAAGGAAUAUGCCGAGAUUAUCAAGUGGAUGUCUUUCUUCAAUACUGAGAUCGUCAUUCUGAUGACUCAAGUGUUACUGCCGCAGCUUGGUAUAAUUCCGUACGACAGAGACCAGGUUGAGCUAUUCACCAAAAUGACCCAAAGGUCCGUCGAUGUGGUCGAAGAGUAUUUGCAAGACCGCACAUUCUUGGUUGGUGAAGAGCUAUCACUCGCCGAUCUGUUUUGUGCUGGAAACAUUUCUCUCGGCUUCCAGUUUUUCUACGGCAAAGCUUGGAGAGAACAGAACCCCAACGUGUCUCGUUGGUACGAGAUGGUUUGCCACCAGCCGAUAUAUGCGGCUGUCACGGAGAAAUUCCAGCUCUUGGAUGAGCCUAAGCUUACUGGAAAUCCGCCCGAAAAGAAGCCUGAGCUAUCGGAGCCGACGUCUGAGUCGACCGAGCAUGUUGCUACUGUGGAACCUCUACAAACAUAG